AUGCACUGCAAAAUGACACUGAAACUGAAAACAAACCUUCUCCUCACGCUUGCUCUCCUUGACAUCCGCGCCACCGCGAUCCACGAAGAGGAGGAGAUCGUGCGUCUGCCGCACCAAAUCGGCGGGGGUUUUGCGCUUGGACUUGAACAGUGCCUUCAUCUGGGUCCUAUCGGAGGCUCCGGGUCACCGACUGUCGACGGCGUGGACCGCUUGGCCGGUUGGCCGUGUCUGGAUGAUAAACAAACUCCUAUCGUUUUUCCGUCCGGGGAAUUUUUGGGGGGUGGUGGAGCACUGGAGCUAAGAGUGGGCAAGGAUCAGGUGACGAUCAACGUACGAGAUGAGUUUCUUCUCCUCCUCCCUCACGUUAACAACCGUCAGGUACUUCCCCGGCGGCCCCAAUUUCCGGCCGCCGCCGCCGCCGGCCGCCACGGCGGAGACAAGGAGCUUGUAUUUCACGCCGUUCACCACUUGCAUCUGGCCGUUCACGACUGCCGCGAACAACAGCUUGGUCGCGUUGGGCUGACGGUUUUGCUCCGCCACCGCGAAUUUCGCGACCUCCACCACCUUCGCCUCGUUCGGGUCCUUGAUCAGCUGCCAGCCGCCGGGAAUUUUUUCGCCACCCUGCGCGGUGGCGGCGGCGGCCAAAAUUGCGAUGACGGCGACUGCAAGGGAGAGAGUGACCAGAUUAUGGUUUGUUUUCGUGAAGUAUAA